GCUGCCAUAAUAUCAAUUACAGAGGUGUAAGACGACCUUGCAUUUAAUUGUGUAAUCAAGGCACAUGGCAAUUAUAUUGAACUUCUGAAUGAUUAUGUCGAAAAGCCAACUUUUUGGUUUUUAAGUUAGCCUGUUAGCUGCAAUUGUAUUAUCGCGAUCAUGUUGCUGCACGGGUGUAAAUAGUCCCACCGUGAAGAUGCUAAUAACUGAGAAUUGAUGUAUGUUUUGAACGAAUGUGACCAUGGAUCGGAAGAAAAGGAGAAUGGAGAGUCAACUGUGUGCAGCAGUGAACAAUGGAGAACCUAGAUCUGUGAAGCUACUUCUGUCCCAGGGUGCAAUCCCAGACCUUGUGGGGAGUAAGGGGGUGGCUGCAAUACAUUUGGCUGUGGGCAAAGAGACUGAAAAGAACAUGCGAUGCUUGAAACUGCUACUGCAACAUGGUGCAGACCCAAAUGUUAAAUCAUCAGAUGGCCUAACUCCCCUUCACGUAGCUGCAAUUUGGGGAUGCUAUCAGAAUCUGAAGCUGCUUUUGAUGAAUGGUGGGAAUCCCAACAUAAAAGAUAAGGAAGGAAAUACACCAGUGCACCUAGCAGAACAAGAGGACAACAGAAGGUGUGCUCAGGUUUUACAGGAGUAUCUGUGCAGCUCUGUGGGCACGGAAGAGGAGGACCUACCUCAAUUCAAAUACUCAGUAUAUUCCGACCACACAGACACAUCUGGCUAUCCUGAAUCUGGCGACAGCUUCACUUCCCAGUCGUCUAUGAUCAGUGACCUUGGUGAAGCCCCUUUAAGCAGCACAAGGCGGUCAUCAUUUUUUAUCAACUCGAACAUAAAUGGAAGGACACUUUGCAAAGAAAUAAUGUAUAACAAACUCUUUGAUGGGGACAGUGAACCACAACAUAAUCCGAACUGUACCACUUUCUUACACUGGACAUCUGAAGAUGCCUCACUUUUAUCAAGUACUCGCAUGUCUACAGCGGGACCCACAAUACCAUUUCCAAAGGGGAAUGAUUUGUUCGCUGAGGAUGAUGUGCUUUUGUCAAAGGGGGGUGUACUUAAUCUACCCACAACAAAUGGACGAAUCACUCCCACCAAACUAGACAUGCUUACCACAUAUCUGUCCAGACGACCGAACCGUAAAAGUGUCAGUUUCUGUAAUGUCGAUGAAUAUUUUCCUGUUUUCAGCCCAGAAUCUCCCACAAAGAUGCCGGCCGUUGAUGGUACACAGUGUAAUGGAAGCAUGUCUUUCAACCUUUCUGAGUACUCUAGCUUCCUGGAUUCAGAACGAUUGGCAACUGUUCUACCACAGCAGGGCAUAGAUGUCACCUCACCAGACCAUGUCUUUGUUUUCUGCCGGGAGAUUAGUGAAAGCACAGACGAAGACCUGGAGAAAACAGUCAUUAAUCACUGUACUUUGCAACAUAGUGAUUGUAAGGGGGAUGCGGGUGUCAAAGAAGCUCAAGAGAAUAUAGAACAGCCUGCACAUUGUAGUGGAGCCAGCAUUAGCAGUGGAGGCAGCAGUAGUUAUAGUAGUUGUGAAAGUGACCAUUUCAGCAGUGCACUGGAUAUUUUCAUGCAUCCUAAACAGCCAUCUCUAUCGGAAGAAACUACCAAAUAUGCUGAUAGAGAUGUCGCUCAAGAUGAACCUCCACUUGAUGUGUUUAAACUUGAUAAACAGAGCUUGACUGAGGAUAAUUAUCUAAGCAAUAAUGUGGCUAAGGUUUUCAUUGAUUCUGCUGUAAUUGCUUUAAGUGAAGCAGACCACCCAUUGGAAGACAUUCAGUUAGGGAAUCCAGCUGAAGGCCAAGAACAAUUUACACCAAGUCCAUUUGUAACAGGCCGGACAAAAUCGAGGCAGAGUCGCUGCUCACUUAACACUAGCAGAACCCCCGAGAGCCUCUUAAGCACCUCUUGUCUAUUUGAGGAGACUUUAUGGGAACCAAUACGAACUCGGCAAGCAACUCCCAGGUUUCAGAAAAACAUCUCCUAUAGUUCACCACGUGCUCAAUGCUACACAUCGUCAAAUUCAAAGAGUAGCACAGGACCAGACUCCUUUCCCAGAGACUACCCAGAUACUCAGUCCAGCACCCUGAGAACAGGUUCAUGUGUGAUCUUGAGCCAGCCUGAUACACUUAUCCUCCCCAAAAGCAUCAGUGACACAUUUGUUGAGUCACAGAGUCUUUGUGACACAGUUAUUCUAGAGGAAAAUCACGAUUCCUCAAUGGAUUUCUAUGAAAUAAAUCUUGCGGAGGUUAUCCAAGCCCUCCAAGGACAAGAGUUUGGACUUUCUGAAGGUAGGGAUUUUUUGACAGAUGAUGUGACAAGUACGGAUGAGGCAACAAAGAAGGCAAAUGAUCCACCUGAAGUACGUUACCAGCAACAGGAAGACGUCAGGAUUACGGGGGACGCUAGCUCUCAGAGGGCAUCUGUUUCGUCUUCAUCCAGCUCCAGCUAUUUUUCCCCAAGGAGGUCAAGGGAAGACUCAGACCUUCCGUGCACUCCAGGGACCGGAUGCACUCCCAGAUACAGCAUGAGUCGGCUGUCAACUCACUGCAGGUCACAGCACCUGGCCAACCUGUCUUACACCCCUGGAGGGCGUCCGCACAUUGAGGAUGCAGAUGAACCCGUGGAGUACCUUUACACUGAUACGGAGCAGGGUCACAAACUUAUUGAGGCCCACAUUCCACCUACGGCUAAUACCUCAUGCAACUCCAGCAUGAGUACCACUAGCAGUGAAGACACCAUCAUCUAUGACUGGCGCUCCAUGCAUGCCGAUAUACGAGACUGCAAGGAAAACCGGAAGCCAUCGGAGAUCCCCAAUAACAAGAAGGUCAAUGAGGUUAAGUGCAGAUUGUUGCUAGAGACUGAUGGGAUAACGGAUAAGGAGCUCAGACGGAGGUUAAUAGAGCUGGGGGAGAGUCCUGGCCCUAUUAGCCGUCGAAGCAGGCCAGUCUACAUACGAAGGCUGUGCCGCCUGUUGCAGGGGUCAAACUCUAAACCAUCACAGCAUGAAGAUCAAGUGGAACAGCCACAAACUGCACCUUCAGGUUAUACCGCAGAACUAAAUCUGGCCCUGAAAACGUUUAAGCUGCCUAACUGUCAGGAUGACGAGCAGGCCUUGUGCCAACAAUUUGACCAACCGGAUCAGAACAGAAAGUGGAGAGAGGGCAUUAUCAAGUCCAGCUUUAACUACCUGCUGCUCGACCCAAGAGUGACAAACAAUCUUCCAUUCCGGAGUCAUAGCAUGACUCCACAGGAGUGUUUCCAGACAUUUGUCAAUGCCAUCUUUUAUGUGGGAAAAGGAAAACGCUCACGCCCCUACAGUCAUCUUUAUGAGGCGUUGGAGUUCUACAAAGGGGAUAAAACCUCUAAGAAACUGUGCCCCAAAGUGCAGCAAAUACUUCAGGUAUGGAAUGCUGAGCAGGGCGUCAUCUCACUGCAUUGCUUCCAGAACGUCAUUCCAGUGGAGGCUUACACAAGAGAGGCCUGCAUGGUGGAGGCAAUCGGGUUGAAGAUGCUCACGAACCUGAAGCGUGGGGAUUUCUAUGGUGUGGUGUCAAAUUGGCAGCUGAAGAAAAAGCGUGAGCUGGGUGUCCAUCUGCUUUAUCGGGCCAUGCAGAUAUUUUUGGCUGAAGAAACUUUGUUCUAUUCGACUCUGAUUCUCAAUAAACUUCAAUUAUAAUACUAAGAAACCACAGCGGAAGCUUAAAAACUCCACUGUGACACAGUAAAAAACUGUUCCGGCAUAAAAGGGAUACAGAUCCUCCAUUCUGAUUGACCUAACAGCCGAACGGGACCAAAAAAAUACAAUUGUAAGCGGUAUGUGUGGACAAAUCCAGGUACUGCUCAUCACCUGUCCAAUACAGUCCCACCAGUGAAGCAUGGUGGUGGCAGCAUCAUGCUGUUUUUCAGCUGCAGGGACAGGACGACUGGUUGCAAUCAAAGGAAAGAAGAAUGCGGCCAAGUACAGGGAUAUCCUGGACGAAAACCAUCUCCAUAGUGCUCAGGACCUCAGACUCGGCCGAAAGUUCACCUUCCAACAAGACAAUAACACUUAGCACACAGCUAAAACAGCUGUUCCUGAAUGGCCCAGCCAGAGCCCUGACUUAAACCCAAUUGAGCAUCUCUGGAGAGACCUGAAAAUGGCUGUCCUCCAACGUUCACAUCCAACCUGACAGAACUGGAGAAGAUCUGCAAGGAGGAAUGGCUGAUGAUCCCCAAAUCCAUCCAUCCAUUUUCUGAGCCGCUUAUCCUCACUAGGGUCACGGGAGUGCUGGAGCCUAUCCCAGCUAACUUCGGGCAGGAGGCGGGGUACACCAUGUAGUGUUUGCCAACCAAUCGCAGGGCACACAUAAACAACCAUUCGCACUCACAUUCACACCUACGGGCAAAUUAGAGUCUUCAAUCAACCUACCACGCUUGUUUUUGGGAUUUCCUCCCACAUCCCCAAAUCCAGGUGUGAAAAACUUGAUGCAUCAUUCCCAGAAAGACUCAUGGCUGUAUUAGCUCAAAAGGGUGCUUAUACUAAACACUGAGCAAAGGGUCUGAAUACUUAUGGCUGUUUGAUAUUUCAGUUUUUCUUUUUGAAUAAAUCUGCAAAAAUCUCAACAAUUCAUUUUUUUUUCUGUCAAUAUGGGGUGCUGUGUGUACAUUGAGAAAAAAAUGAACUUAAAUGAUUUUAGCAAAUGGCUGCAAUAUAACAGUGAACAUUUUAAGGGGUUCUGAAUACUUUCCGUACCCACUGUAUGUAUAUAUUUUUAUCUAUGUGUCUAACUCAUACUGCCCCCACGUGGUCAACCUGCGCACAACAGUCCGUAGCACAAUAUGCAUUAAAGGAGAAAGUGACAAAAAAAUAUUUUUCAUUCCAUUUAAUUACAUUACUGUAUGUUUAAUAUUAUCGAUGGCUAUUUUUCUCAGAAACAAUACAAACGUGGCACGGUGGACGACUGGUUAGCACAUCUGCCUCACAGUUCUGAUGGCUGGGGUUCAAAUCCCGGCCCCGCCUGUGUGGAGUUUGCAUGUUCUCCCCAUGCCUGCGUGGGUUUUCUCCGGGUACUCCCGUUUCCUCCCACAUCCCCAAAACAUGCCGGGUAGGGUAAUUGAAGACUCUAAAUUGCCCUUUGGUGUGAAUGUGAGUGGGAAUGGUUUGUUUGUUUGUUUGUAUGUGCCCUGCGAUUAGCUGGCAAUGUACCCUGCCUCCUGCCCGAUGGUACCUGGGAUAGGUACCAUCGGGCAGGCCCGCUACCCUGGUAAGGAUAAGCGGAAUGGAAGAUGAGAUGACAUUACAAACAUUUUGUGUUGUUGUUUUAUUUGGGUGACUGGUUCAUGGCGUCUUUUGGGUGCUUUGAGUUGGGUCAAGGAAUGAAUUAAACUCACAUCACAAGGCACCACUAUGUAUGGAUUAUUGCAUAAUUGUAUUCUGAUAUUAAAGAUGAUUGGCAAAAUAUUGCAAUUUUAUAUCGUUACUGCACAAUUCCCACCCCUAAGUAGUAGUCUGGAGUGUACCAACCAACCAAAGUGAAACAUUGAUUGCAUAGAUUUCUAACUUUAGAUUAUGAAGCACGCAGACUUUCUUUUUAUCAUAUUUAUAAAAACAUACAUUGUGCAUGGUUCUGCUUUUAUGAAUCUCAUUCAUAAAAUAUAGGCACUAGGACAGAGUCUUGGUUCCAUUGCCAGAAUUAACCAUUCAUGGAUGUACACACAUACUCAAUUAGUGGUUCGCUGGUUUGAAUGCUGCCUGGUCUGCCAACCAUGUCACUAAUUAUGUUCCAUGGGCAAGGUUUUCUUCCGAUAGCCGAGCAGAUGUCAUCAGAUUAUUCGCGCAACAUGAAUUCAUUCUGUAGAUCACAAAUUGCAUCACAUUUAUUACAAAACAUUGUCAUUCGCUUGAAUCACUAACAUCGGCAGCAUCGGUUGUAGAAAAAAAAAAAAAAAUUCAAUUGUUUAUUCAAUGACAGCAAUACCAUUAUGGGGCAGUGUAAUCAUCUCAACCAUCAUAUGAAAUGCUUUGUUUUGGUUUACAGUAUAUUUCUUCAUGUUUCCUAAUUUAACCUGCUAGUUCCUAGAAGAGAAACCAUUUCAAUUUGUUGGAAUGUUGGAAUAUUGAGAUGUGUAUAAAGCUAGCUGGUACUAGCAACAGUGUUUUUUUGGGGGCUGGGGAUUGUUGUACCAGUAUUGGCUGAAAUGUGAAAUGAUUUGUUUACAUUUUUUGAGUUGUAUGUUGUAUCGCUAUUUUUUUAGUAAGAUCCCACUAUACACUACGUUAGAGGACUUGAUAACCCCCGGGCGCUUCAGCUACCCCCUGCUCCAGUGUGUGUGUUCACUGUGAUGGGUAAAAUGCAGAGGACAAAUUUCAUGUGAAUGCAUGCAUGUUCAUGACAAUAAAGGUGACUCUUCUUCUACUGUAAUACAAAUUGUCACUGAUGACAACAUGAAUGUUUAUGUACAUCAAAGCAUGUGAUCAUGAAGGGGAGUUGGUCUUAGACCAUACUGACAAUAUUGUUUAAUAAUCUGAUGUCAUGUGUGAUGUCAAGCAUAAUCAAUUCCCCGAAUUCUUUGUUUUUUUGUCAUGACUUUGAUUGUAAAACAGAUUUCUUUUCAUCGUGAUUACCGAUUGUACUCUU